AUGCAACUAUUUUCGCUAAAAUGUCUGAUCCUCCAGGAGUCACAAGACGCCAAAUUCCGCCCUGAUAUCGCCUCCCUGCGAGGCGUGGCCAUCCUGGGAGUGCUGCUUUUCCAUGCUUUCCCGGAUAUAUUCUCGCUCGGCUAUCUGGGCGUGGAUAUAUUCUUCGUGUUGUCCGGUUAUUUGAUGUUUUCAAUCCUGGAUGCAAAUGCGGUUAGCAUCGAGUGUGUUCGGGAAUUUUUGGUGCGCCGAAUAACGAGGAUCGGGCCGAUGUAUUAUCUCGUGGUGUUUGUCACGGCGCUUGCCGCGACCUUCACGAUGACUUCCGGCUGGUUGGUCGCCAAUUUUGACCGAUUUCGGACGGCCCUCUACUUUCUCCUAAACCACGACCUCGCCCUCCUGCAAAAGGCCUAUUUUCAUGGCCCGAAUGACUAUGGCUUAUUCCUUCAUUGCUGGUCGCUCAGCGUCGAGAUGCAAUUUUACCUGAUAGCCCCGAUUGUCGUGCGUCUGCAUCAAUUAAUACGAAAAAAAAGCCGUCACAUAGCCACCGCCCUGCUUGCGAUUCUCUCUGCAGCUUCAUGGAGCACCCAAUUCCUCUACAUUCGCACCGAUUCUCACUACAAAUUGUCGGCCAGGCUUUGGCAAUUUGGCUUGGGCUGCUUGGCGGAGUUGACGUCGCGGAGGAGCACGAGCAGGGAGGGUGGAACAGCAAUACCGGUCCUACAGCUGCUCCUGAGUGGUGUGGUGCUCGUGAUUUUUUGGCCAUGGCCGAUGAUCGUUGGAUUUCCGGUGUUUUGUAGAAGCUUGAUAGCUGUGAGCACUUCAGGGCUGCUAGCAUCGGGAUCGUAUAGUAAAAUUACCCUCCAUUCCCUCCGCCCUAUACUCUACUGCGGCUCGAUUUCAUACGUUUUAUACCUCAUCCACUGGCCGAUUCUGCAGUUCAUCGUCUAUUUCAUCAGUGCUCAUAAAAAAUUGCUUGAAGGUGGCUCACGACUUGGCGGGCACGCUUCAACCUCGGCAAUAUUGAUAUCAGUGCUUUUGGCUGUUGUCCUACACGAAUGCUUGGAAAAACCUCUAUUACGGAAUCGUCGCCUCGCCAUACUAUCCACAGGUCUUUUUCUAGCGCUCUGUGCAUACCUGCUGAUUUUCUGGGAGGACCUACAUCGAAUGGGGAUGGAUAAGGACAACGAAGCCCUCAUUAGAGCCAAUCUUGAACUUCAAAACGGCGAAUUCAUCUAUCCCGACGGCCACUACCGUACUGUCGGAUUCGGAUACCACAAUACUGGACCGCCGUUUGGACUUGUCGAAUUCCCGCCAGGUUACGGUAAUUCUUCCAUUUUGGUCGUUGGAAACUCGUAUGCUACCCAGCAAAUACAGAUAAUUCGGCAAGCGCUCGCCCUCAACUACGCAAACCUGGCGAUGUUCACCUAUCCGGGGAAUAACGUGCUUUUUCAUUACGACCAGGAUCUCAAUUUAACAACCAGGGAACUGAUAUUGGACUAUAAACCGCAGGUGCUCAUCAUCUUGGUCAGAUACCUCCAAACGGAGAUGAACCCCUACGUACCGCUGGACCCGGUGUUGACCCAAUUUCUGCAGAAUGCUGAUUUCUACUCUCAGCACGUUGAUCAUAUCCUUAUCGAAUCCGCGCAUCCGGUGUAUCCGGAGAAUUUUUUGAGCGAGUUUUUGGAACGGCUGGAGCGAGGGAGGCCGCUGGAGGCGUUGAAUUUGGACAAGGAGGGUUCCGACACCCGGCUUCGUCACAUCCGCCUUCGUCUUGACGCCCUGCUCGGCGUUUGCCGAAAAUGCCGACUCCUCCAUUCCGACACCCCUUUCUACGACAACACCACGAUACGCACGUACGACCCCAUUUCCCUGAUGUCGUACGUCGACAAUACGAUGCACCUGACGAAAUACGGACUCCAAAUGUUGUUACCUACGUAUCGAAACGUACUUAACCAAGUCUUACGG